AUGCCGAACAUCAUCGGUGAAUCUUUAUUGGAUAUGCAGAAUAGAUUGGUGAUGGAUGAAUUGUUGUAUGACAGUUUCUCUUUGAAAGAAGAGCAUGACAGACUACUGAAUUCACUCACUGAUGAGCAGAGGGUUGUUUAUGACAAAAUAAUUUCAGCUGUUUCGGCAGGUAUAGGAGGAUUUUUUUCCCUGUACGGCUUUGGUGGGACUGGAAAAACAUUUAUUUGGAACACCCUGUCAGCAUUUGUUCGAUCUCGAGCUGAAAUAGUGCUUAAUGUUGCUUCUAGCGGAAUUGCUUCACUUCUUCUUCCUAGAGGACGUACGACACGUUCUAAAUUUCGUAUUCCUAUACAGAUCACCGAAGAUUCAACAUGUAAUAUAAAACAAAAUUCUACUUUUGCAGAGUUGUUGUCAAAAACAAAGUUAAUCAUUUGGGAUGAAGCACCGAUGGUACACAAAUUUUGCUUUGAGGCUCUUGAUAGAACACUUAGAGAUGUUCUUAGAUUUUAUGAUAUCAGCUGUGUUGAUAUGCCCUUUGGUGGAAAAGUUGUCGUUCUAGGAGGUGACUUUCGGCAAAUAUUACCUGUCAUUCCAAAUGGCAGUAGACAAGAUAUAGUUCAUGCAACCAUCAAUUCUUCCUAUCUAUGGUCCCAUUGUCAUCUGUUAUCUUUGACCAAGAACAUGUGUCUCAAUUCUGGAAGUAGCACUAAUAAUUUGUUAGAAAUAAAAGAAUUUUCUGAGUGGCUGCUUAAAAUAGGAGAUGGUGAUCCUGGGGAUGAUGUUGAUGGAGAAUCUAUUAUAACAAUUCCAGAUGAAUUGUUGAUUAAAGGUUCAGAAGACCCACUUUCAGAUAUUGUUGAUUUUGUUUACCCGAAUCUGAUGGAUAAUAUAUUAGAUCCUACUUUCUUUAAAGAACGUGCUCUUCUGACUCCUAAAUUGUUCGAUGUUGCCAUGUUAAACGAGCACCUAAUGGUUGUGAUUCCGGGUGAAAAAAGGACAUUUUUGAGUUCAGAUAAGGUUUUGAAACAAUACGAUAAUUCAUCUCUUGAGGAUGACGAAAUCUCCCCUGAUAUCUUAAAUACAUUCUCAUGUUCGGGGAUUCCUGAUCAUAAAUUAACUUUGAAGGUUAAAGUACUGGUGAUGCUAUUGAGAAAUAUUGAUCAAUCAAGAGGUUUAUGCAACGGUACGAGAUUACUUAUUACAAAGUUGGGGAAUCAUGUUGUUCAGGCAAUUGUUCUUACAAGAAACAAUAUAGGAGAUGCUGUGUUAAUCCCUAGAAUGACGAUCAACCCAUCGGGUCAUACAUUUCCAGUAAACUUCCAAAGAAGACAAUUCCCCUUGGUAGUUUCAUUUGCGAUGACUAUCAACAAAAGUCAAGGACAGUCGCUGUCUCAUGUUGGCAUUUAUCUUCCUAGGCAUGUCUUCACUCAUGGGCAAUUAUAUGUGGCACUAUCUAGAGUAAAGAGCAGACAUGGAUUGAAGAUGCUGAUACUUGCUGAAAAUGGUUGUGUUACAAGUACUACCUUUAACAUCGUCUACAAGGAAGUAUUUCAAAGAUUAGUGUAG